AUUCCGGCUUUAGCGAACACAGCAAGAAAAAUGUCAGUCAGAAGGAAGAUUUUUUGUUUCGGUGGAGUGGAUGCUCUUUUGACCAGUGUUACCACAUACAAACUUGCGGAUUACAUGAUCUGUCGUGAACCCGAUCCAUCAUUCCUGGAGACAAUUCUUCAAACUCUUGGUUUGCAAAAAGUCCCCGAACCCGUGUGUCCAACGUCGUAUGGAGUCAUACUGGUUGUCGUCGGAUGGAUUGUUAUGCAGCUAAUUUUUGUAGUUUUCUGCAGAAAAAAGAGUGUUGUGAAGGACACAAUGGUUCAGAGUGUACAAAAUUCCAAAUCUGAUACAAGUGAUGUAUCCGUUGCAUCGCCCAUAGAUGCCAUUGGUGCCCCUGAAAAUGUCAGGGCCAGUGUUUCAGAGGGAAUAAUUUUCUUCAAUGAAGUCGAAUCUGUAGAUAUUGGCAGUGUGAAAAAGAAUGUGAUCGAAAGGAUAAGCAAUUCAGAGGGUGUAGUUUUCUUCAAUGAAGUUGAAUCUGUAGACAAUAGUAUUGUAGAGGGGAAAGUGAUCGAAAGGUCAAGUGUUUCAGAAGGUACAGUUUUCUUCAACGAAGUUGCAUCUGUAGACAUUGGCAGCGUGGAAAAGAAUGUAAUCGAAAGUGUUUCAGAGGGAAGAAUUUUCUUCAAUGAAGCUGAACCUGUAGGCAUUGGUAAUGUGGAAAAGAAUGCAUUCGAAAGUGUUUCAGAGGGAAGAAUUUUCUCCAAUGAAAUUGAACCUGUAGGCAUUGCUAGUAUGGAAAAGAAUGUAAUCGAAAGUGUUUCAGAGGGAAGAAUUUUCUUCAGUGAAGUUGAACCUGUAGGCAUUGCUAGUAUGGAAAAGAAUGUAAUCGAAAGUGUUUCAGAGGGAAGAAUUUUCUUCAAUGAAGUUGAACCUGUAGGCAUUGGUAAAGUAGAGGAGACAGUGGUCGAAGAUGUAUAUUCUUCGUCUGAUGAUACGGCAGGUUACGCGUCAGAUGAUUGCAACACUGAUACUGAUUCGGAAGUUGAAUCUUUACGCUUAGAAUCGGAGAGAGAAACUUCAAAUGCAUCUAUUAGCAACAUCAUCACUAAGCAUGAUUCAGAAGAAUCACCAGAGAAAGAUUUAACCAUCAUCCAAGAAAAAGAUAACCAAACUGAGUCGAUUCAGUCUGCAAACACAAAAGAUGAUUUGGAAGAAACAAAAGUAUUGAAUCCAUCAGUUGCAUUAGAGCAAAACGCCAAUGUCUCAAGACGAGACAUAGAUGAUUAUUUCGAGGAUAAUGUUGAUCUGGAGUAUGCUUCAGAUUUUGCCGAAGAAACCACGGAGUCCGAUGAUGACGUCCUAUUGGUUCCAACGAAGACUAGUGCAGAUGAGGGUAAUCUUAACCGAAAUGAUAGGCCUGAGUGGAGUCAAACUGAUUUGCAUUGUUUGGAUGUCGGAUCUGUCAAACAACACAGGGAUCCCUUAACGGAGAGCGGAGAGGAAGAAGUCACACGACUCGAAACUGUCAGCGUAUUGCAGAAACUAGAGGAAACUAGUGACCAUCUGUCUUGUCAAAAUCCUACACAGAACAAACUGUCUGGUGUGCACAAGGAGGAGAAAAAAGAUGAAGCUCGAAGUUUUCCUGGAAUGAGAAGUGAAUCUGAUUUUGGAUACACAUCCGAUCUGUCUGACGAUGAAAUGACUCAGGAGUCAGGAGGUAGUGGGAGUGAAACAGAUCCAGAGCUGGAAGCUAUUUGGCUGUCUUCUCUUGAAGUCGACGCUAACAUACGCUCAUCCUCAACACCGAAGACAAAUGUGGAUGUAUGCAGACCCUCGAUUAAUGAAGAUUUUUUCGACUCCAAAGGAUAUGGAAUAGAAAAGAAGGAUACUAAUUCUGAAGAUGAGUUACAGCUAUCGUCAACAUCCUCUGAGAGUGAAUGCACUGAAUCUUCCUCUUCCGGUGUCAAUUCCAACAUGAAAGGAUCUUGGCGGCGAAAUUUUACAGAGGAUAUCGAUCCCAAUGAUGAAUACUUGGUGCGUUAUGAGAAAUCAGAUGAUUCCGAAGAUGAAACUGAUGUGUUGAUCAAAGAACGAAGACUUCCAACAUUAGCUGAUGAUUUUGCAGAUCAGUCAAGUGCACCAUUUGAGAGCUGUGCUCAAACUGAUACAGAUAUAAAUCUGUUUGAGAACGUUCCAAGGUGUGUAGGAUGUGGAAGUUACUUUGCUACAUGGAGAAUUAGAAAUUGUGCAGCUUGUCGCAAACCUCCUAAGCAUCCUAAUAUAUGCUCAAAUAAGAAGAAGAAACUUCUUCGUAAAUAAGAUAUUUGAAAUUCAUCUUAUCACAAGUUUAAGAUUCAACAAUUUUUCGCCAUGGUCAAAAGCGUCACAAACUGAUUCAGUACUAGAAUAUGCAUUUAAUAUUUAAAAUGUACAUGUAUUAUAGGCAUGAGAUCAAAUCUUUGCUCUCCAAUAAAAGAUCUUUAUGUUGCCUUUCGUUGAAGUUUCA